AUGUACGGAGCCAUCGAGCGCCCACCGACGCCGGCCGUGACGCCCGUGCGCCGCCGAGCGCUCGCGCUGGCCGUGCUGCUCCUCGCACUCCUCUCGGGCUUGCUGCUCUUCCACUACAUCGCCGUGCCAGCGACGCCGACCUCGGCGGCGGCGUCCAUGCAGGAAGGGCCCGAGUCGCAGGCCAUGGUCGAGCUCCACGUGCGCCCGCAGCAGCUGCACUUGGCGUACGCGGGCGUCGAGCCUGGGACGGCCAUGACGGUCUCGUGGACCACGUACCACCGCAUCAAUGACAGCGCGGUGUGGUUCGCUGACCAUCCAUUUCGCAACACGUCGCGGCUCACAGCACACAUGGCCUCGGUCGCGUCGUACUACGCCGACGAGCACUACACGCUGUACACGUACCACGUCACGCUGCCCCACCUUCUGCCCAAGACGCGCUAUUACUACCAAGUCGGCUCGCUUCACAACGUGACGCGUCGGUCGUCGGUCUACCAUUUUCGGACCGCGCGCCCGAGCAGCGACAACCAUUCGUUUGAGAUGCUCAUGUACGCGGACUUCGGCGAGCACAACGCCGAGGGGACCGUGUCGCUGGUCUCGGCGCUCGCCGAUCGACUGGACUUCAUCUGGCACGUCGGCGACCUCAGCUACGCCGACAACGCAUUCCAGGCCCUCGACAAGGACACGAACGCUCUCGGAUUCGUGUACGAGAAGGCCUACAAUGCGUGGAUGAACUCGCUCGAGCCGACGAUGCACCACGUGCCAUACAUGACGACGGUCGGGAACCACGAAGCCGAGUGCUACUCGCCGGCGUGCGUCUACUCGGAGGCCAAGCAGGCGCAGCUGAGCAACUUUUCGGCCUUCAACACGCGCUUCCGCAUGCCGUCAGCCGAGUCGAACGGCACGCACAACAUGUGGUACUCGUGGAACCACGGGCCGGUGCAUUUCAUUAGCAUUAGCUCCGAGUCGGACUUUGAGGGCGCGCCGAGCAACAACAAGGGCACGAAGGUCGCCAAUGGCCACUUCGGCGACCAGCUCGCGUGGCUCGAAGCCGACUUGAAGGCCGCGGUGGCCAUGCGCCACGAGCGUCCGUGGAUCCUCGUCGGGUCGCACCGACCCAUUUACGGCCUCAAGGUCUUUAAACCCACGGGGCACCCGAAAAAGAAGCAGGAGGCGAUCCUCGCAGCCUUUGAGCCGCUCUUCCUCAAGUAUCAAGUUGACAUGGUCGUCUCGGGCCAUCAGCAUGCGUACGAACGGCACCUCCCGAUCGCCAAUCGGUCGCCCGUCCUUGACGGCGUCAGCGACGACCGCAGUGUUUACCUCAACCCGGGUGCCCCCGUCUACAUGGUGUCGGGAGCGUGCGGCAGCGCCGGCGGCCACGAGCCCUACGACGGCGUCGCGGCGCAGACGUGGAACGUCAUGUACGACAACGUGCACUACGGCGUGUCGCUGCUCAAAGCCAACCGCAGCGUGCUCUCGUGGAGCUUUAUCGACGCUGGAUCGGGCCUCGCCGUCGAUACUUUUGAGAUUCGCAAAGAGUAG